UGGUCAUUGCUCCAACCUAGAGAAGAGCACAGAGGAAAUUAAACCACCUAAGGAGGCUGGUGCAGGCCAGCUGUCUGAGAGUGGAACAGCACCAAGUCGAUUUCACCAUCAAAAAAGUGAAACCCAAGAAGGCAGGAAAUUUCCACAUCUCAGAACUCCUAAUGAGAAAUCUGAUCUCCAUGGAGACCCUGUCUGCAAUGUAAAGAUGCCAUUGGUCACAGGGUCUCUUACGUCUUCAGUUGUGCCCGAGAAGGAAUCGCUCAUUUCCCAAGUGCCAUUAAAAUUACAGAUCAAAGUAUCUGGCCAGAGAGGCAGUUUGGGAAUAAGCAUUGCGGGUGGAAAGGGUUCCCUGCCUUAUAAAGACCACGAUGAGGGUAUUUUUAUUUCCCGAGUAGCUAAAGGGGGGCCGUCAGAAAAGGCUGGAAUCCAUGUUGGAGAUAGAUUGCUGGAGGUCAACGGGCUCAGCAUGCAGGGGGCGACCCACCACGAGGCGGUCGGUGCCCUCAGGAAUGCUGGGAGCUGCAUCAAAAUGAAAGUGGUAAGAGAAAGGGUGCUACCUCGUGAGGUGUGUGACCCAGACGUGCCUCAGGAUUUUCCAGACUCAACGGGCCGACAGCUGUCCCGACAAGACGGUGCAGGCUUGAGAAGCAAACAGUCACAGCUGGAGAGUGUGGAAGACUAUUUGUCCAGGAAGAUUGAGGCAGUUGUCUGCAAUGGCAACAGCUUUUCUGAUUUGAAGAGAAAUCUGCAUAGGGCCAUGUCGGAACUGGAGGCAGAGGUUUCAAAUAAGGGUUCACUUCAAAGAGAGAAACAUACGAUGGCAAUACCCCGGAUCAUCCUCACCCACCCUUCUACCUCAGAUGAAGAUGUGGAGCUCUUGACACAAAUUCCCAGGAGAGAGCUGCAACGUGACGUAGAUGAUCCUGACAGUUUUCUGCACUCUGACUGCUGCGACAGUGCUUUUUACCCACCCUGACCUCAGCUCGGAGCUUCAUACAUGAAGGGCAGAGACUGUUAAAAGUAUCCCACAGCAGUGUUUGAAACAGAAGCAUUUUAAAAGAUGUAACUCUGGUGGGUUAGUGGAAACAAUUUGUCAGAAUGUACUUUUUUGUACUGUUACUGUAAAGUUUUUUGUCUGUAAAAUACUACUGCUGCUAAUAGUUUUUAUUUACAUUAAAGUAAUUUGCAAGCAGAAUGAAUUUAAAAGCUUUUUUCAAUUACAGUAGAAAAACAGUUUUUACUGUCAAACUUUACUGAACAAAGACUAAAAACGUCCAGUGAAAUAUCUCAUUAUAGCUACUGGUUGGCUGCCUAACUCUGAUUCACUCCACUGUGUAUAUGCUAUGAAUGGCUGGUAUAUAAGUGUCUCUACCCGUGACAGCGUGAAACUCGUAGGCCUUCUGUACCAAGAUAAAUGCCACAUGGCUGAAUAGAUUGCACAGCAGGUAGUCUGAAUCCUGCUGAGUGCUAAGACAGGUUGAACAUGGCUUUGCACUUGAGGCUCAUAAGAAAAUAAACUGUGCAAGAUUAUUUUCUAAAAAGGGCAAAUCAAACAAAACUGCAGGAGGAAUCUUUAAUUUAGCUUCUGAAUGUAUGAAUGUAGAAACUGUAUAUGCAUGGCAUUUUCUGUAUGAUGUGACAGCUUUGA